AUGUCCCGCUAUCUGCACCUCAACCCCCCCUUCCGCGCUGAACACAUCGGAUCGCUGCUCCGGUCCGCGAAGGUCCUGCAGAAACGCAUUGACCACGGCGCGCAGAAGUGCACGGCGGAAGAGCUACACGCCGUAGAGGACGAGAGCAUUUCGGCAGUUGUGAGACUUCAGCAAGAUCUCGGUUUGAAAACCAUCACGGAUGGCGAGAUGCGAAGAGGCCUAUUUUAUGAAGGUAUGUUCGAGAAGCUCGAAGGAAUGUCAAUUAUCCCUAAUCCUUUCAAGGCGAUGGGGUUCACCGGUUAUACAUCUGUCUAUUGCAAUGAAGUGAAACACCUCAAGAUCACCAUAUGCGGACUAACCUGGAUGCAUUCCCGCUAUGGCUCUGAGUACACAUACGAUCAAGCUGUCUACAAGUCUGACGGUGCGGAUUAUCCUGCUUUGACAUGCUCCUUAGAAUCUGAUCAUUCUGGCCGUGCAGACGACUACUUAAGUGAGGGUAGUUUUGAUCGCAUCGCGGUCAAGUUCUUCACCAACCUGAACUUCGACUGUUACUAUCUGGGAUAUGAUUCCGAGCGCGCGGGCAGUUUGGAGCCUCUUCAAUAUCUACCCCUCCACAAGACUGUCGUUCUAGGCCUUGUGACAAGUAAGAGUGCACAGAUGGAAAAUUUAGGGGAUAUCCGGGAACGCGUUGAGAAAGCGGUCGACAUCAUUUCUCAGGGAAAUCCCAAGCGAUCGCGGGAGGAUGCGCUGAAUCAUCCGCAGUGCGGAUUUGCUUCAGUGUUUGAGGGGAACCCUCUUUCCGAAGAGGAUGAGAGGCGCAAGCUGGGGCUGGUGGUAGAGGCCGCGAAGCAGAUUUGGGGACCGCCUACGGGUAGCCCUCAGGCUCCAGGCCAGGCGUUGGAGAAGCAUUAA